AUGGCCGCUGCCAAACGAGCCGACAGCAAGCAGCAUCCACCGUCUGUCUCCAUAUCGAAGGCUCUCGCCUCUGCGUCUUCUCUUGUCCUAUUACAGUUCUGCUCGCGUAUCUUCACGUUCAUUCUGAACCAAGCUCUCGUACGAUUGGUCUCGCCACAAGUAUUUGGCACCGCUGCUAUUCAAUUUGAACUCCUUCUCUCAACCAUCCUCUUCCUGUCGCGCGAGGGAUUCCGCAAUGCGCUUCUCCGCACGCCCACCGCGAAGGAGGCCAGCAAAGAUCAUCGAGCCCUCACCGACAAUAUCGCAGCCCUACCAGUCCUCAUAGGCAUGCCUGCGGCUUUGCUGAUCAGUUUGGUGUAUGUCAACGCUGCAUCAUUGUCUACGACCUCGCAGUCGCACUUCUACGCUAGCGUAACCCUAUAUGCUAUGGCAGCGGCUCUUGAGCUGCUUUCAGAACCCCUCUACAUUCGCGCUCAGAAUGAUGUCCGUGUCGACCUGCGCGUCAAGGCCGAGGGAAUAGCCGUGAUCAUGAAGACAUUGAUCACCUUUGUUAUUCUGGUCACCGGGUCGGCCAAUGUUGCUCUCCUGGCGUUCGCUGCCGGACAGGCGGCGUACAGUCUCGCUCUCCUUGGAACGUAUAUGCGCGACUACAAGCAGCCUCCACUGUUCUGGCCUCACAAGGUCGUGCUAGAAGUUCAUGGCAAGUGUGUGCUCUCCUUGUGUGUCGUUGCAUGUUGCUCACUAUGCCGUAGGACGGAGACACGAUACUUUGACCCUGGCCUCCUGCACCUGUCUGCUGCGAUGUCCGGUCAAUCUGUAGUCAAGCACUUUCUGACCGAAGGGGACAAAUUUUUGGUUUCCCGUCUCAGCCCGCUGGCAGAUCAGGGUGGUUAUGCUAUUGCUUCCAAUUAUGGCUCCCUCGCUGCACGGAUCGUUUUCCAACCUAUCGAGGAGACCUCCCGUCUCUUCUUCUCCAAGACGCUGUCAUCAUCGAAGGACAUGGAGUCCCUUCGCGUUGCAGCGAAUGUUCUGUCAGGCGGCACCUCUGCUCCUGCGAUAUUGGGCGUCUACAUAUACUACAUCCCCAUGAUGGCCUUCAACGGUGUUCUUGAGGCCUUCUUCGCCUCGGUUUCGUCCCCCGAGGACCUGGGCACACAGAGCAAGUGGAUGUUCGGAUUUUCCUUCGGGUACAUCUUCGGCGCCAUAACCUUAGCGAAGGGGCUUGGUCUAGGUGAUACUGGCCUCGUGUGGGCAAACGUGCGGGUAGUACCUCCGCUACCCGUCCUUGUGACGUUUGUAGCGUCCGCUGUAAUCACGAGAUGGAGUGAGAUGAGGUCGAGGGAUAUACCGUUACAACUUGGGGCACAGGCAGGACACGUCGCAUUGGGCAUGUGUGGUGUUGUCGCGUGUGUGGUUACAUGGUGA